GGAUUAGAUAAACCCUCGUUGACGAUAGCAUUGUCCUGAUAACUAGCUGAUAUAUUUUAACAUCGAUGACAUGGGAUGUUAUUUAAGAUUUAAAUUCAACAUUACGAUCCAAACACAAUCGACGAUUGUCUUCCAAUAACGAAAGAAUGCUGGGUUGAUAACAAGAUCGUACCUGAAACAAUUGAUCCAGUGAUCGAUAAUGGCUUCAAGCUCAUCGGAUAUAUUGCUACAAAACUGCAGACCAGGAUGGCCUGGUGGAGUUUGCAUAUUUGCAAACAUUUGUGGAUUUAUCAGCAACGGGAUAUGGUUUACGGUUCUUGUUCCUCAGCUGUGGAAGAACUUCCGCCGGAAGUCGGUGAUUGGGCUCAGUGUAUUAUGGGCGACUGCAAAUUUUACUGCAUCGCUAAAUAAUCUGUUUUUCGUUUUCAAGCUUGGGGCAUUGCCAUUAUACGUGAAAAUAGAGGCGGUAUAUAUGCCAAUUUUAGAAUUAACGAUGUUGAUGCAAUUUAUGAGAUAUGGUGUCCAUCCGCUGAGGAAUAAACUCCUUUAUUUGUGCGCAUGCGCCCUUACAUGGUCUAUUAUCAUAGCGAUCCAGCUAGCUGCAAAUGUCUACCAAGAAAUGCAGUGGAUUUCUGUGACAUUGUGGUGCAUUGAAACGUUUCCACAGGUGAUGUUAAACAUGAAGAGGCGAUCAACAAGCGGUCAAUCUACUUAUUCAGUGUCAUUAUCAAUGAUAGGGAAAACAACGGACUUCUUAUCCAACUACCUACUCGUUAUGCCUCUUCAGAAUAUCAUAAUGAUAUAUUUCUCAAGCUCCUUGGCUUACAUCAACGGAAUACAAGUCGCUUUGUACCCGCGAGAGUUGGGCUCAAACGAGACUUUAUCACGUGACGAGUCCGACAAAUCAGAUGAUGAACUGAGCCCUAAUAACAUUCAUUUGAUUACAAUUCCUACACGUUUCAGCUGCUCAUCAAAACAUACAGAGUCUUUAAGAUGGGUUGUUGCAGCGAUAUUGGUUGUGUUUUUAAUUAUGUGCGUGAUAGGUUUAGUUUUAAACACGGGGACAUUUAUAUCACUUCUAGCCCCGAUUGGCAUCGCUGUGGUUAUCGGCACAUAUAGUGUCGUUUUACAUGUUCAAGCUAGGAAGGGAGGUGAAUAAGCGAUCUCUUGCAUCGGCCAAGUUGUUUAAGGGAAAUAAAACUCAUCAGUUGCGGAAAGUAAAAUAAAAUGAUCUCAAUUUUGUAAUUAAGAAAGUUUGGACAAGAUUGGAAAAAACGAAAUCCGUCAUUUUUAUGUCACCACCAUAAGUGUCAUGAUAUAUUUUUAUGGUCUCAAACUUUUUGUGACGGCGGUUGGUGUUCGGCAAUCGGCGGUUGACGUCUGUAACAAUUGCAGAUGAUGAUAUUUGCAUGUUAAUGCCCCGUAUAUAACAGAUAUCAGAGUGACACAAAAACCAUGUAACCCUAUGAUUUUAAUUGAAGUUACGUUUUUUUCAGCAUUCGCAAUAUCUUCUCAAUUAAUAUGUACAUAGUGAAACAAACAGCAUUCCCACGUUCUUACAUUUCAUCUACAACUUAGGCUUUAGCUUUUUGACUUGCUCACAUUUCAAAUUAUGUUUUUUGCUUCUUAUCUUUUUAUAGGCAAGGUAUAUUACAUAUCAAUUAGGAUGCUUCAAAAUAUUAUGCCUGUAUCAUUUAAUGUAUUUUGAUGAAGUAAACAAUUCAAAAUAACACUUACUGAACUACAUUUUUAUUAUCAUUUUCAUACAUUUUAAGUUUACAUACACACUACAGUUGGUAGAUAAAUAGAAAAUUAAUACAACAUUUUAUAAAUGUAUUUCUUAUCAAUACUUCAAUGUAAAGAUGGCGCACUAAACUAACAAUGGCUUUUUAACUGGUUGAUAAAAACGUAAACGUUGAUCGAAAACCAUAAACCUUGACCUCAGUUCAUUAAUAUAUAGUUGUUUGUUUGUUUGUUUGUUUGUUGAUUUGUUUAUUAUUUUAAUUUCCAGAUGCGAGUAGAAAUAAUCUUGAUUUACGUCAUUAAAAAUUCAAAAU